AAACAAUUUAUUGAAUCAUGAAGUACAAGGAAACCGUUCAGUGUUUCAUUGACAUGGGUUUUGAGAAAGCAGAAGUCGAAAAGUGUAUUUCAAUGUCAAGAAUUCAAGGUGUCGAACCUGCAGCAGAGUCGUUAUUGGCAAACAAUGAUGAUGAAAUGGGACCAUCAACUUCUCAAGGCGGUUCUACUUCAAACACUAAUUCAGAAACUAAUACCUCAUAUGCAACAGUAGCUAAAUCAUACGGAUGUGAAGAGUGUGACAAAUUAUUUACUGAUACUACUGCACUAGAAUAUCAUGCCAUAAAAUCAGGUCAUAGCUGUAAUUUCGCAGGAUCAACAGAAGAAAUGAAACCGUUAACUGACGAUGAUAAAAUAGAACAAUUGAAAAAAUUGGAAGAACGUUUAAAGAAAAAUCGUGAGGAAUGCAAAGCUAAAGAAAAAGAAGAAGAACUAGAAAGAAAAAAAAUUAGAAUUUACUCUGUAAAAGAUAAGGCUGCUACUAAAAAAAAGCUUGAAGAUGAAGAUAUAAAAACAAUGAUGGAUGAUAUAAAACGUGUAAAACAAGAAGAUAAAGUUACUCGUGAUCGAGUAAAAGCUGAAAUAGAAGCAGAUAAAUUACAUGUGGAGUUACUAUAUUUAGCUUCAGAAAUUGGACCACUGAACUGCGAAUUACCAGAAGAUCUAAAACUAGCUUAUCAUAAACAAAUAAAGGAUUAUUCAAAAACAAAAUUAAAGAUUCGUCUUACAAAUGGUCAAAUAAUUGUUGAAACAUUUAAUGUUAAGGAAAUUAUGGCUGGUGUAAGAGUUUAUAUUGAACUACACCGUUCUGAUGGUGAUGCUCCCUUCGGUCUCAUGAGAAGAUUUCCAAGAAAAGUUUUUACUUGUGGUGAUGAUGAAAAAUCACUUGAGCAAUUAGGUUUGGUACCAAGAGCUGAUUUAAUAUUGUACUAAGCCACAACAAUAAAAUGAAAAUUGAUGAAGAAAUGAAUUGAUU